UGAGGUAAACCUUUAAAGUUCUCCUAUAAAAUAUUAAUAAAAAGUAUAAAAGGAAGAUAAGAUUCUGCCAAUAUGUUAUUAGAUCUCUCUUCUCUAUUCAAAAAUGUUGUCCUUAGAUUUGUUUACUGAACAUCGGUAUGUUCUUGCAGUUGUUCUUUUCUUCACAAUUUAUCAUGUUGUAACACAUUUGCGAUAUGCAUUAGCUGCACGUAAACUAAAUUGUAAACCACUUCCUGAUAGAACUCUCGCUUUUUGGGGGAUCCCUCUCUUCUUCAAGGCUCUCAAGUUGAAGAAAGAAGGUCGUAUGAUUGAUUAUUCCAAGGAAAGAUUUGACACAACUGGACUUGACACAUUCAAAUUUAGAAUCGCUGGCAUGCGUCUUUUUACCACUCGAGACCCUGAAAACAUAAAAGCCAUGCUUGCCACUCAAUUUAAUGAUUUUGGUCUUGGUGCAAGACAUGAUCAAUUAUUCCCAUUUUUAGGUGACGGGAUCUUUACUCUUGAUGGUAAUGGAUGGAAACAUUCUCGUGCAAUGCUUCGGCCACAAUUCGCACGUGAGCAAGUUGCACACCUUUCUUCAUUAGAACCACAUGUACAACUAUUGAAAAAGCAUAUUCAAAACACCAAAGGAGGUAAGUUUGAAAUUCAAGAAUUAUUUUUCAAAUUGACUGUAGAUAGUGCAACUGAAUUUUUAUUUGGUGAAUCUGUUUCAAGUCUUGCAGAUGAAACAGUGGUAAAUAAUUAUUAUGAACUGAUUAAUUUUGAUGGGAAAAAGGGAUUUGCUGAAGCAUUUAAUACCACUCAAAAAUACUUGAGCACAAGGCUCUUGGCUCAAAGGUUGUAUUGGAUAUUUGAUAGUAAGAAAUUCCGGGAUUAUUGUGCUCGAGUUCAUAAAUUCAGUGAUUAUUACGUUCAAAAGGCAUUGGAUGCUUCUCCACAGGAAUUGGAAGAAAAGGGCAAAGAUGGAUAUAUCUUCUUGUAUGAAUUAGUCAAGGAAACAAGGAAUCGAAAAGUUUUAAGAGAUCAACUUUUAAAUAUUUUACUUGCUGGGAGAGAUACAACUGCCAGUUUAUUAUCAUUUGCCUUUUUUGAAAUGGCACGGAAUCAACAAAUUUGGAAAAAAUUGAGGAAAGAAAUAGAUGAAAAUUUUCUGUUGGGAGAUAACGUUGACUUGGACUUGAUAACUUUCGAAUCAUUGAAGAAAUGUGAGUAUUUAAAGGCAAUUAUCAAUGAAACUUUACGAUUGUAUCCUUCUGUACCCCAUAACUCACGAAUUGCUACCAAGGAUACAAGUUUACCCCGUGGAGGCGGUGAAGAUGGACAAUCUCCAGUGUUUAUUCCAAAGGGACAAACGGUAACUUAUGCUGUUUCUUCCAUGCAUCGAUCCAAACGAUACUAUGGAGAAGAUGCUGAGGUUUUCCGUCCAGAAAGAUGGCUUUCUGGUGAAACAAAGAAGGUAGGUUGGGCAUACCUUCCAUUUAAUGGAGGCCCUAGAAUUUGUCUUGGACAACAAUUUGCCCUUACCGAAGCUGGAUAUGUUAUUUCUCGAUUAGCGCAGAUAUUCCCCAACUUGUCAUCAUUUGAUGAUGAAUACCCUCCGAGAAAGAGUUCACAUUUGACAAUGUGUCUUCAGGAUGGUGUAAACAUAAGUUUAUCUUAGUGUUAAUAUUUUUAUGGUUUAGAAUUUUUUAGUACAUAUAAUUAAU